AUGAGCUUCUUCGGCUUCGGGCAGAGCGUGGAGGUGGAAAUCCUUCUGAACGAUGCCGAGAGCAGGAAGCGGGCCGAGCACAAGACGGAGGACGGGAAGAAGGAGAAAUAUUUCCUCUUCUACGACGGGGAGACGGUCUCCGGGAAGGUGAGCCUUGCGCUCAAGAACCCCAACAAGCGCCUGGAGCACCAGGGCAUCAAGAUCGAGUUCAUCGGGCAGAUCGAACUCUACUACGACCGUGGGAACCACCACGAGUUUGUGUCUCUGGUGAAGGACUUGGCCCGGCCUGGUGAGAUCACCCAGUCGCAGGCCUUCGACUUCGAAUUUACCCAUGUGGAGAAGCCGUACGAGUCCUACACGGGGCAGAAUGUAAAGCUGCGCUAUUUCCUUCGAGCCACCAUCAGCCGCCGCCUCAAUGAUGUCGUCAAAGAAAUGGACAUUGUAGUGCACACACUCAGCACGUACCCGGAGCUGAACUCUUCCAUCAAGAUGGAGGUUGGAAUCGAGGACUGUCUGCACAUUGAGUUUGAGUAUAAUAAAUCCAAGUACCACUUGAAAGAUGUCAUUGUAGGGAAGAUAUACUUCCUGCUGGUGAGAAUCAAGAUCAAGCACAUGGAGAUAGACAUCAUCAAGCGUGAAACGACGGGCACGGGCCCCAACGUCUACCACGAGAACGACACGAUAGCCAAGUACGAGAUCAUGGAUGGGGCGCCUGUGCGAGGAGAGUCCAUUCCCAUCCGUCUCUUCCUGGCGGGGUAUGAGCUGACGCCCACCAUGAGGGACAUCAACAAGAAGUUCUCCGUGCGCUAUUACCUCAACCUGGUGCUGAUAGACGAGGAGGAGCGACGUUACUUCAAGCAGCAGGAAGUGGUGUUGUGGCGGAAAGGUGACAUCGUACGGAAGAGCAUGUCCCACCAGGCAGCCAUUGCCUCCCAGCGCUUCGAGGGCACAACCUCCCUGGGUGAGGAGAGCAGAGCACACAUCACUGGCUCCGGGCUCUCCAAGCUUCCUUGUAUAGGAGCUGAGGGUGUCCCUGGAAUUCUGAGUUGCCAACAGGACCCUCCACCGUCCCUGAGUAACAUCCUGGAAGAGAAGCCUGUGGAGGGGCCUUGGGCACAGGGCAGCCCUGGGUCAGUGUCACGCACGAAUGGCCGCAGUGUUGGACCCUGGAACUGAGCCAGGCCUGCUGAGGAAGAUCAGUACAUGGCAACUGUCUGCGUUCAUGGCUCCACCAGCUACCCUGAAGUCUGGGUUGUUCUAGGGUGUUGCUCCAUGUGCCCCAAUAAGCCCUCAGCAAGAGGGUCUGUUCCCUUUAAGAAGAGAUCCCAGGAAGGGGCUGUGAUCCCUUUGCCUCCCUCAUCUCUCCUUGCCUUUCACUUAGUUUCUGGGAAUUGGGCGUUGGUUUCAAACACUUGCAAAUUUUAUUCUUACUACUGCCCCUUCACCCCUUCACUCCUCUCCCUGUGUGUUAAGGGAGGACGAUGAGGGUUUCAGCAGAAGACUCUGCUACCACAACUUGAGGAUAAUUCUGCUUGCCAAAUUACACCUUCAUCGUCGCCAACUAACCAGGUCCAGCACCGUUGGUUUUGUUUAAAAACACAUAUACAAAAACUCGGUGGAUGUUCUUGUCACCCCACAGAGGAGGGCAGUCCCCCCUCGUUGCCGUGCUGCCGCCUGGGGCCUGCAGUAUAAAGGUGUUUAGUGUCCUCUUCUGCCUCAUCUGGGAUGACAGGAACUUCUCCCCUCCCUUCCCUUUACAGGAAGACCAAGCAGACCCACUGGCCAAUUAGUAUAAUGUCUAGUGGUCUGAAUUCUCAGAAUUUGGAAAGUAGACUCCUUGGUUCCUGUGCCACCUUUCAGCUAGUGUGGGAAAUAGGAUUCCUCCUUUCCUCAGCAAUCUGUGCAGUCUUGCCUCAUGGAUCAGAGCUCAGACCGGAGGGAAGGGCAUGUGGGGGUGAUGUCUGCAGAUGACGGGACAGCAGAACUGAAGGAGGUCAAGUUGCUUCUCCCAUGCUGGACCCUGAGUUCAGAUGCGACACACAAUCCCCAUGGGAACAAGACCCUCCCCUCCCCACCCCCCAAGCUGCCCUUGGAUUAUCAAGCUUGGGGCCUAAGUGUAAGAGGGAGGCAGGUUCUGGGUUCCUUGCUUUUUUCAGAGCAUGAGAUGAGGCUUUGGUGUGCCUCCUUUUUUAAUAGCUGGUAUUCUAACUAGCAGCAUUCAUCAAUUCCUCUGCCUCCCAACUAACAACACAAAUUCAUUGUCCAACUUUCCUAACAUCUUAACCUUCUGGGAGAACUAGAAGAGUUUACUUUGAUUCUCUUAGGCGCUGAACAAAAGCCAGCUGUUCUGUUUUCUCUUACACUCUCCCCAUUCUCUGUCAAACUGUGAAAGUGAGAGAGGCUCCUGCCCCUGCCCCCGCCCCCCAACCUGGGAGUGCAUAGGUACUAAACCAAGCAGUGCAACCUGUAAUGAGGCAGCUGCAGUGUUUACGUGUCUCUUAACGUGUCACCUUUUCAAUGGCUGUAUUUUCAAAGAACACUGUUUUAAUGGUCUGAUUAAAGGAGGCCCCUGUGGCUUUGGGGGCAUUGUGCCCUGGGUCCGCCA